GUGAGAAGGCAGCCAUCCACUUGUGGCCCCUCUCGCAUCUCGACACUUUCUGUUCAUCGCUUCAGGCCCAGGUGGGGGCAGAUAGAGAUAGAGAGAGAUGGAAAAAGUUGGCCAUAUUGUGUGUGCUGGAUUAUUGGGGGUCUUGUCUUUCUCGUCUGGUUGCUUUCAUCGCUUUCCUUCCAUGUCUUUUGGUGUUUGAGGCCCUCGUUUCCCCAGUGCUGGCCGGUUAGAAGAAUUUCAACCAGAAAGAGAUUCUUCAGGGAAAAGGAGGUGAGAUUCUUGAUUUCACAUUUCACAUACAGUAUGAGGAGGUGUAGUUCUUCUCCCCCCAGGAGGGCUAGAAGUUUCUUUUUUGAAAGGCUUUUCUUUGUGCCCUACAAAAAAACAUCUGGCUCGAUGUGGUAUAGGCUCUUGAUCUCCAGCUAUGGCAGUGGUAACUAGAAGUUAAAAAAUUGGAAUCUUGAGGUAGUUCUUGGUGGUGAAACCUGAAAGACUGGAGGAAGUAAAAUUGGGGGUUGUUGUGAUGAUGUGUAGGGUCCAGCACUGGGGUGGUUGAUGCUGUGGUUUCCAGGUUAAGGGGAGAAGAGGGAUAUGGUACAGAUCUCAGGAAGCGCGAGAUGAGGUUGAGGGGGAGCUAGUGGCCAAGCUUGUGCUCCAGUGAGGCUGAUCCUCCUGUUCCCAAUUGAUCGGUGCGCCGCCGUCCCCCGCCUCGGUACACAGGAUCAGUUGAGCUCCAUGGUCUGUGUGCUGCUGCAGAUUGAGAAGAAGGUUUUCCAGGGGGAGGAAUCUCUUGUGUAUUCCUUUUUCUGGGAGAAAGGAAGUGGGAGUAAAAGUUGAACUACUCUGCAUUCUCUCUGGCACAUGGCAUCCGCUGAUAGCACCUUGUGUACUUCUCUGUGAUCAAUGAUGUAUAGUAGCUGCUUUGACAUACGAGUAGGAGCAGCAGUUGACGUAUAAAAAAGGAGCAGCAGUUGAGAUCUUCAAUUCUGGCAUGGGUUCUUUUGGGAUGGACUGGAACCAAAAGGGCUCCGUGCUGUGGGAUUGGGAGAAUCUGCCGCCUAUAGGUACAAGUGCAAAUGAGAACCCCAAGAUUUUGCCGCAGGCUGAACCGAAAUUUGGUGUUGAGGCCACAAGGCAUGAAUCACAGCAUUCUUCCUGUGGUACUUUCUCUUCCAGCUCGGAGAUGGGGUAUGGUUCAUCCAAGAGUUCCAUAUCUGCGUCAAUUGAUUCUUCACCCAAAGUGGGGAACAACGUGGAGCUCAAUUUUGCACCUGUCAAAGUGGCUGGCAAGAACACCAACAAGAGUACUGAUUUGGGUAAAGUUGAUGAUGCUGGAACUUCAUCAUCUGUGAUAGCCGUCAGCAGUGGAGAGCCGGUGAUUUGCCUGAAACUUGGCAAGAGAACCUAUUUUGAAGAUGUAUGUGGAGGGCAGAGUGUCAAGAAUUCACCAUCGGAUUCGAGAGCAGUGAUUCCUACUGCUGCUUCGGCAAAGAAGGCAAAGGUGGCUCAAAGCGCACAGAACUCAUACUGUCAAGUUGAAGGAUGCAAGAUUGAUCUUUCUUCUGCUAAAGAUUACCAUCGAAAGCACAGAGUCUGUGAAGCUCAUUCUAAGGCUCCCAAGGUUGUUGUUGCUGGUCUGGAGCGACGCUUUUGUCAACAGUGUAGCCGGUUCCAUGCUUUAACUGAGUUUGACCAGAAAAAACGAAGCUGCCGCAGGCGCCUCAAUGACCACAAUGCCCGCAGACGGAAGCCACAGGCUGAAGCAAUUUCUUUCGGUUCAUCUAGGUUCUCCGCAAUGUUUUAUGAUGCAAGACAACAUACAAGUCUUCUAUUUGGUCAAGCUCGUUGUGGUCAAAUGAGAAGCUGUGCAAAUUCUUCAUGGGAUAACUCAGAAGGAGGCUUCAAAUUUGCAGAAACAAAAGCUCCUUGGUUAAGGCCAACGAGAGCUGCAGGUGUUGAUGGGAUGCAUAUAUCAAGCCCCCAGGUGUGGAACAACAACAUUAUGCCACAUGGUGCACAUCAUGAUUUUGAUGGGUUCAUGGCUUUCAAGGGAAGUAGUGCAAAGGUCCUUAAUCAAGGCGUCGAAGCUUCUGGGGUCGUCUCCAAUCCGAACGGAACCCCGGAUCUUCAGCGUGCUCUCUCUCUUCUGUCAAAUAAUUCAGCUGGUGCUGCCAACGAUCAUCCUCAGUUGCACCCUGGGCUGAACACCCUUGCCAGCACCUCCAACCCUGUGAUGCAAGGUUCAUCACCAGAUCUCUGGCAGGAUGGCACGCCCGUCGGUCAUCAGGCGCAUUUUCAGGCUUUUGAUAACGGCAGCGCCAUGGUGCACGAACUCCAGCUCCCGAAGCCUCCCCCAUAUGACAGCUCCUCCUCUCACUAUGACCUGAUGCACUGAUGCUUCCUUCAGUUAGCGCCUCCGCGGUUUGGUGGCGCGCAAUUGGAUACGGUUUCUGCUGUCUGAAACUCUGAAUUCAGAGUUGAUUUUAUCUGAAAAUAAAGGCCUGAUCGAACUUAGACUCGAAUUGAUCCAGUAACGUUGCUAUGCAAAAAACUGGGAUUGCCAAUACUCAUGUGCUUGAAUAAUCAAUCCGUCCUUGUGAUGAUUCUAUUUAUGUA